AGUUUAAUUCAGCACCGAAACCAUUAUGGAAAACCUACUUUGUGAUGCAGGACCAGCUUUACUUUCCCCGCUCCUCCUACUUCUGACUAUUUUGGCAUACAGUCAUAUUUAUCUUCUGAUAAAUCGAGCUGAUGUUAGGCGCCACCGUAUGAACAUACUAGCGAUAUGGGUUUCAGGUUCUAAAUGUAAACAGAGAGGUUGAAAUUAUUCCUACGGUCAUCUCGUCGCCACACUCCAAUACACUAGGCGGCGUUCAAUCUAACCAAAGUUUACAUUUCAAACCCCGUAUAAGAACAAGAAAGCUCAACAAUGGCGGACGACACAGAUGAAUGUGAAGCGCUGCUUGUUCACAUGUAUCUGUGUUUACAGUCAGUGCUGGAUUCAUACAAGAAGAGGCAAGCUAUCCGCGCAAAGAGGAUCGAGGAGGCAAACCGACCGCCAGCGGUGCUCAGAAAUUCAAAUAGGAAAUAUGUAUCUGUCUUGCGCCGUGGUCUCCAAAGGAGAAAUAUGAGUGUGCUCAUGGCGAACUUUCAGCGGAGAAGAAAAGUCGCGCUGUGGAAGCACCUGAGAUCCUCGGAAUGGUGGGACAACGUCGCGUGCAGCUUCACCGAUUCCCAGUGGCAGAGAAGCUUCCGGGUCUCCAGAGACACGUUCCGCUACCUCUGCGCGAAGGUGAAGCCAGCGAUCGAGCGCAAGGACACGGUGCUGCGGCUGUGCGUGCCCUUGGAGAAGAGGGUGGGCAUUGCCCUCUGGAAGCUGGCCACCGGUUCCGAUUACCGAACCGUGGGGCACCUCUUCGGGGUCGGCGUCACCACGGUCUGCAGGUGCCUGCACGAGUUCUGCCAGGCGGUUAACCGGAUAGUCCUGCCCGAGGUCUUGCCCGAGCUCAAGCCCGAGGAGCUGGAGGACAUGGCCGCCCUCUUCGAGCGGGAGUGGGGCGUGCCACAGUGCGUCGGGGUCGUCGACAGCUCCCACGUCCCGAUCAUAGCGCCGAAGGAGCUCCACCGCGACUACUGCAACUCCAGAGACCUGCACUCCGUCGUCCUGCAGGCGGCGGUCGACGCCCGAGGGCUGUUUUGGAACGUGUGCGCGGGGUUCCCCGGCGGCGCCAGCGACGCCGACGUGCUCCGGCGGUCGAGCCUGUGGACCCUGGCCCGCCGCAGCGCCCUCUUCUCCAGCCGCACGAGGAGCAUUUGCGGCGAGGACGUGGGGUACUACGUGAUCGCGGACUCCGCCUAUCCUCUGCAGAGCUGGCUCAUGAGACCGUUCGAGGACACGGGGGCCCUCAGCGACCGGCAGAAGCGCUUCAACUCCAGGAUCGGUCGGGCGGGAUCGGUUGCGGAGAACGCGUUUGGGCGGUUGAAGGGGAGGUGGCGCUGCCUGACGAAGAGGAACGAUUGCAACGUGGACGUGAUCCGGGCCAUGGUUGUGACCUGCUGCGUGCUUCACAACCUCUGCGAAAGGAACGGAGAGGCCUUCGCAGGGGAGCCGGACGGCCCGGAAACGCAACAGCCCGCGCACGCUGUUUCACCCGCGGACGAUCCUGAGGGGGCUGCAGUCCGUAACGCACUCGUGCAGUACUUCAGUUUGGAGCGGUGAAGACUACACCAGUCAAAUCAACUGCAUGAGCUAGUGCCUAGUGCAGUGGUAACCAGUCCUGUUCCUGGAGAUCUACCACUUCGUAGGUUUUUCACUCUAAUCCUGACAAUGCUCACGUCAUUCAGACGUUAGAGAUCUUUGUUGAGCUGCUAAUUAGUAAAUUCAAGUGUGCCAAAUUAGGGCUGCAAUGAAAACCUACAGGAUGGUGGAUCUCCAGGAACAGGGUUGGUUACGACUGCCCCAGUGCAUGGAUACUCAAAUCUGGACCUCAAAUCCAAUUUGGCCCUGGUUUAGUUUUCCCCCAGGUAACUAACUGAACAAUUAGUGCUACUGGUUGGCCAGACUGUCUUCAUACCUGAUUCCCAGGUAUAGGGAGAGUGGAAAACCAGCAGUUCUUGGACCUUGAGGGCCAUAAUUAGAGUAACAGGACCCUAGUGGCUUUUAAUUCUCACGUAUUUGGUCGUCCUUCACCAUGCAGCUUAGAAUGCUGGGGUGGUAAUGUGGUCAGAAUAAAAAAAUAAAAUACUAA